AUGAUCUCUAUUUCAUCGAAAACCGCGUGAAAAGAUUUGCAUAAAUUUAUGAAAAAGUAUAUAUGAAACCUAUUGAACCCCCAUACACAAUUCAAUUUUGACUUGACUUCAAAAUGAAAUUUCUCCAAUAUUUUCUAGUUUUCGCGUUGAUUUUUGCAAUUUUCGACUCAAUUUCUGCUCAGCCAGUACCUGUGAACUCUGUGGAAUCCGCUGAAAAUGACUUGAAUUCUGUGGAAACUGCGGGGCAGGUGGAUGCAAAUUCCGCAGAAUCUGCUGAAACUACUGGAAGCUCAAGAAAUCUAGCUGUUAACGCUCCAGAUUCUGUGGAAUCAGCUGAAACUCUCGGAAAUCCGGGGAAAUCCGGAAAUUCUGGAUCGCCUAAAGCUUCAGCAAGCCUUAUUUCUGCUGAUGCCCCAAAUUCUGUGGAAAGUGAAGAGGUUCAAACUCGCAAUUGAAUAAUUUGGGAUAAUUUGUAAUUUUUUUCAAUAAAUAAAGUUUUACUUCAAAA